AUUCACUCCGCGGACUAGUCUGCCUCCUAGUCUCCUCGCUUUCACGCCUGCGCUCAGAGUUACAAGAUGGCGGAGAGUGCGGAACUGAAGCAAAUGGUGAUGAGCCUUCGUGUUUCAGAGCUACAAGUGUUACUAGGCUACGCAGGACGCAACAAACACGGCCGCAAACACGAACUGUUGACCAAAGCCCUGCACCUCCUUAAGGCCGGCUGCAGCCCCGCUGUCCAGAUGAAGGUGAAGGAGCUGUACAGACGCCGCUUCCCCACCAAGAUGGUGUCUCCGGUGGACCUGGCCCUGCCCAGUGUCCACUCCACCCUGUCUGGAGGCCUCACCUCGCUGGGGUUUGACAGCCACGGGUCCCCCUCGCCCCUCUCCCUGCUUGGGCCCAAACACGAGCUGGGCCUGCCCCACCUGCCCUCCUCCCUUCACCCCGUACACCCUGACGUCACGCUGCAGAGACUGCCCUUUUAUGACAUGCUGGAUGAGCUCAUCAAACCCACCAGCCUGGCCUCAGACAACAGUCAGCGGUUUCAGGAGACGUGUUAUGCCUUCGCACUGACACCUCAGCAGGUCCAGCAGAUCAGCAGCUCCAUGGACAUCUCUGGGACCAAGUGUGACUUUGCGGUCCAGGUUCAGUUAAGGUUUUGUUUAUCAGAGACGAGUUGUACCCAGGAAGACCAUUUCCCGUCCAACCUGUGUGUGAAAGUCAACAGCAAGCCCUGCAACCUCCCGGGCUACCUUCCUCCAACCAAAAACGGAGUGGAACCCAAACGGCCGAGUCGCCCCAUCAACAUCACGUCACUGGUCAGACUGUCCACCACAGUACCCAACACUAUCGUGGUGUCGUGGACCUCAGAGAUAGGCAGGAGUUUCUCCAUGGCAGUCUACCUGGUCAGACAGCAGACAUCCACAACCCUGCUACAGAGACUACGAGCCAAAGGCAUCCGCAACCCAGACCACUCCAGAGCUCUCAUCAAAGAGAAGUUAACAGCUGACCCUGACAGUGAGAUAGCGACCACCAGUCUACGAGUCUCUCUACUCUGUCCGCUGGGGAAGAUGCGUCUGAUGAUCCCGUGCAGAGCCUUGACGUGUUCCCACCUCCAGUGUUUCGACGCUACUCUUUACAUCCAGAUGAAUGAGAAGAAACCCACGUGGGUGUGUCCUGUCUGUGAUCAGAAGGCCCCCUAUCAACACCUCAUCAUCGACGGGUUGUUCAUGGAGAUCCUGAACAGCUGUGAGGACUGUGAUGAGAUCCAGUUUAAAGAGGACGGGAACUGGUAUCCCAUGAGGUCGAAGAAGGAGGUCACAGAGGUGUCUGCUUCAUUCAACGGGGAGGACGACUCGUGUCGGACAGUAGAAUCAGAGCACCACAGGAACAGCUCAUCCCACAGCAGUACCAAUAAGGUGGUGGUGAUUGAUCUGACUCUAGACAGCUCUUCAGACGACGAUCUGGAUGAUGAGCCUCCUCUCAAGAGGGCCUGUCCCUCCUCCUCGCUGUCCCCUGCCUCGCCGCCUGUCAGCAAGGGAGUGUUGAACCUCCACAGCCAGGCGUCUCCGGUGGCCAGAGCUCCCAGCAUGCCUCCUGUUGAGACCAGCUACAUCCCCCCUCCACCCCCCCUCAUACAGGACUACAGCCACUACUACCACACCCCCAAUGACCUGGACCUCAACUUCUUCUCAUUCCUCCAGGGAGACAACCAUCAGCAUUACAACAUGGUGAUGGCAGCGGCGGCCUCUGCCUCAGAAGACCAUGACCUUCUCCUCAACCGCUUCCUGCCGUAUAGCUCCUCCCAGAUGUUCCUGGACCAACCAGGGACCCCCGGGGGCGGGAGCAGCGCCCUGCCAGCAGCCAACGGGGGCAGCAACAGCGGGAGCAGCUCCAGUCUUGUUUCAUCUAAUAGUUUAAGAGAUGUAGAGAGGGAUGGAGAGCGGGACAGCCAGUCGAGCAGGUCUGAUGCAGCGGCAGCGGUCAUGUAUGGCUCCAUACCAGACGUGAUCUCGUUAGACUGAAGGGAGGCGGGGGAUCGUCCACACAGAACGGAAAAACAACUUGAGGGAGGAAAUAGAAACGGACAAAUAAAUAAUGAAUAAAAAGUAGGAGAAAACAAUGCUAUGUACAGAGAGGAAAAUUCUAUUUUCAAUUUGACUUAUUAUAUAUAAGCUCCCGACGAUGACGAUGACGAUGAUGAGUAACUUCAGUUGAUAUUUUUCUGUGGAUACUGAAGAUUUUUUCACAGCCUCUUCCUUCACGUGCCCCCUGACCCCUGACCCCCUGACCUUUUGUACUUCGUUCUUACUGUUUUAUUUCAAUAUUCCACGUCGACGGCAUUAUUUUUGUCUCACAACAUGUUUGGACUUGUGCUUCGGAGCGAGAAUAGGAAUCUGUCCGUUUGUUUCCUCAUGUAGAGUUAUUUUUUUUUCCUUUUUUUUCCUCCUUAACGUUCAUUCUUACUGUGGUCAAUAAUAUUGUAUUUAAUUAUUUUCAAGGUAUUAUUUAUUAAUAUGCUUUCAAGUUCUGUUGGAUCCAUGUGUGCUGUGUAAAAAGCAUUCCUUAUGCUCCAUGUUGUUGAUGUCACUAGGAUCACACAGGCUAUAGCCUGGCUGCUGUCUGUCUGUCGGCGUGGAAUGGUUGCACUGACAGACUGCUACCCAGGCUGGUUAUAGAUCCACUACUGUGGUUUCUCUGGUUUGUGUGCUCCCUCUCUCAUCUCUUUCAUUUAGCCGAGGAAACUUUACUGCAGCAUCCAUCCUUAGUUGUUUUCACAUUAAAGAAAUAUGAUUAAAAUAGUAUCGAAAUUGGCAUCAUAGUUACACACAGCAAAUUUUCAUUAUGGGGGGCAGGGGGGGUGACGAAAUGAUUUCAAUCCUGUGUAUUACUACGGUACCUUGUUAAAUGUGAGCACUUCUGUUUUCAUGCAGGGUGUAUCUUUGACUCACUUUUUCACCAAGUCAUUCAAGGAAAACAAAACCCCAAGUAUAUUGAAGUUGCAUCUGGAGCAGAGAACAAACUGCAUGGCUUUUCAUGCCUGCUAUCUCUCUGUCGGUCUCUCCUCUCUCUCCUGUCACUCACCAGAGUCCAGUAGCUCUAUAAUGUGUGGUCUGAUUGAGAGUGGUCAGUGUGACUGUGCUAGAGUUCCCGUUGAAUGCCUGACAGAGACGGUCAGUGACAGCGGCAUCACGCACCGCAUCCACACUAGAGGGCCGACCCGAACGGUACUGUUGAUGGCUUGGGGAUUUUCUUUGGCUCUUUCCAGAACCUUUGUGGAUGUGGAAACCAGGCCAGCCCAGUACAGCUUGGCUCAGUUAGGCCCUAUAGUGUGGAAUGGGCCAUAGUGGUUUUGAUGCCAUUAUUCUGUCCUUCGUUCUAUUAGCCUUCUGUUCCCAGUUAGUAUUAUUUAUUAUUUCCUCUCUUAGUUUUGGUUGAUUCAUGAAUAUGCAUUGCUAUUGUCCUAUGAUAUUUCUUUAGUAAUUAUAUUUAUUCAUGAAUAUGCAUUGCUAUUGUCCUAUGAUAUUUCUUUAGUAAUUAUAUUUAUUCAUGAAUGUGCAUUGCUAUUGUCUUAUGAUAUUUCUUUGGUAAUUCUAUGAUUCAUGCUAUUUAAGAGGUCAUUGUCGCUUGAUCUGCAUCGUUGUAACAAACCAAUUCUGUUUUAGUUUAUUUUUCCUUUCCGUCUGUUGUGUUAUUGAAUGAUGUCAAUAUCACAACAGAGGCGUGGAGCAUUUUGAUGGUCUCUGGGCUCUACUGUGUUGUUUGAUAAUUGUACGAAUUAAACCGAUAGAUACAGCAAGACGACAGACAAGUAAUGGUCUGCUCUGGCCUCUGCGAGACGUAGAGCUAGUCAAUAAAUCACUGUGUACGAGGGGUUGAAUCAA